CCAUACAUAUACUAUGCUGCAUGAGGGCAAUCAUUUUACCCAUUUUUCAAAGCAUCCUUGUCACGAACACUAAGCAACAAACCCAAUGAUGUGGUUUGAUCUUAGCCUUGGCAUAAACCAAAUUUCAAACGUUUUGUCCUAAUGUAAGAGUGGACCACCUCUGUCUGCAUCACUUAUCUAGUCAUCUUCUUCUCUCAAUCUUUCUGUAUUUUUUUGACAACACAAAAAAUAUCCUCCAUCUCAUAACAAUCAAAAAGAAUUUCACCUGAUUGUCUUAAUAAUACUUGCAGCCCAGAUUCGUGUGCCUUCAGUGGAUAAGCAUGGCUGGAGCGCCUGUUCUCCCUGCCGAGGUUUUGCUUGCUAAACGUGUCCAGGAAAUGGCCCUUGAUGGUGAAGAACUGAAGCCGCCAUAUAUCUGCAGAGAUGGUGACAAAGCUGAAGAAAACUUUGCUUUGUCAUUUGAAAUUCCUGUCAUCGACCUUAGUCUGGUCUCUUCUUCAGAUCCAUGCACUCCAAAAGAAGAACUACAGAAACUUAAAUCAGGACUCUGUUCAUGGGGCUGCUUUCAGGCAGUUGGUCAUGGAAUUCCAAAAUCAUUUCUUGAUAAGAUUCGGAAAGAUGCAAAGGAAUUCUUUGAACAGCCAAUGGAAGAAAAGAAGAAGUAUGCUAAAGGAGUUGAAGAGUUUGAAGGGUAUGGGGCAGAUCCAGUUCCUGAAGAAGGACAGCCUCUCGACUGGUCCGAUCGCCUAUUCCUUGAUGUGUACCCAGAAGAUCGAAGAAAGCUUAAAUUUUGGCCAGAGAACCCUGAAUCAUUCAGAGAAGUUUUAGAGGACUACACUGCCAAGAUAAAAAUGGUAACAGAAAUCACCUCAAAAGCCAUGGCAAUGUCAUUAAGUUUGGAAGAAAAAUGUUUCUUGGAUCAGUUUGGCGAACAAGCAGUACUGCAGGCAAGGUUUAAUUAUUACUCUCGCUGUCAGAGGCCUGAUCUUGUCCUUGGCUUGAAAGCCCAUGCAGAUGGAUCUGGAUAUACGAUUAUUUUGCAGGAUGAAGUACAAGGGCUUCAAGUACUUAAAGAUGACAAAUGGUUUACAGUUCCUACAAUGUCAGAUGCCCUCCUAGUCCUCAUGGGUGAUCAAAUGGAGAUCAUUACCAAUGGCAUCUUCAAGAGCCCAGUGCAUCGGGUACUGGCAAACUCAGAGAGGGAGAGAAUUUCUGUGGCUGUUUUUUACACUCCAGAACCAAAAAGAGAGAUUGGACCAGUAGAUGGAUUGGUCAACGAGGAAAAGCAAAGAAUAUUCAAGAAGGUGAAGGAUUAUGCUGACAUACACUGGGGUUACUACCAGCAAGGAAAGAGAGCACUUCAUGUGGCCAAAGCUUGAAGCUAUUAUUUGAUCAAUGAUCAUCUAUUUCUGUCUGUAUGAACUAUUACUAUAGUCUGAUCAUCGCGCUCAAUGUACACCUACAACUCUUACUAAUGUAUAUAUCACGACUAAACUAUAUUCAGAGGAAGCUCUUUUAUGCUCUUCUUUAUA